CUCGAUGCAUUUCUAGUGACCCAUAUAUGUUUCACUUAAUCUGCCGAAUGAUGGCUUUGCCACCAGACAAAGUCACCCUGGGUGGAUACACUGUGAUACAAUGCUCCACCAUUUGCCCCUCGAGGUGAGCCAGCUGAUCCUGGAGCAUCUGGAUGGUGUUGAUGUGAAUAAUCUUCUAUCAAUCAAGCAGGUGAGAGCUAGGCUUCGAGACAGAAUUCUAUUAAUAGAGUGUGAUAACGAUCCCAGCUACAUCAUCUUCAGUAAUGUCUUCCCAAACAUUGUACAAAGGCGUAAGCUGAGUGAUAUGCUUAUCGGACACUUCUCCGAGUUUAAGAAGUUCUUGUACGUUGUGAUUGUGAGUGGUAGAACACAGAGCUUGAGAGGAACCGGUGUCCAAGACAUAGUGUCUCCCAAGAAGUACUAUCACUUCAUAGACAAGUGUGCAGAGAGUUGUAUUAUAGAUAAUGAAGUUUUGGGAAGGUUAAAGUACAGGUCCACGUCGACUGAUGGGUACUGUUUCUCAAGUGUUUCAGAUAUUAGGCUUCACGACGUUAUGUACCCUUCAAAUGUCAAAUUCCCUGUUUUGAGGACGUUGUCUCUGGAGAAGGUGUCCUUUUCACCACAGCAUCUUGACUUUCCUUGCUUGAACUCACUGGCUCUUGUGAGAUGUGAGAGCGUUGAUGUGUCCGCGAGAUGGAGUUUGCCUAAGCUUAAGAAGCUAUCUGUUGAGGGAUGCUUCAAAACAAUUAAUGACUCCCUUGAUUAUGGCACUACCACGAUAUCAACUCUGGUUCUAUCAGGUAUUUCUGAUAUGCAUGAGUGGUGCAACUUUUACAACAGUUCCAUUCGUGUCAUUGAUGCAGAUUUCGAUGAUGUGAUAAUUGAAAACAUUCGUGUGGAACUGUUGAAACAGUUGAAGCUCAAAUCAAAAGACCUACAAAUAUCUCAAAUGUGUUCUCCGAGUCUUGAAAUUCUCCGCAUAGAGAGCACCAUGGCCCGUGAUCCUGUAAAUGUCGUAUUAUCCUCGAUUGACGCACCAAAGCUGGAAGUAUUGGAGGCAAUGUGGGCAAAUUUCUCACAAUGGGAGGAUAUCAAUACGCCUGCCUUGGUGACAGCUAUUGUGACACAUUCUACAGGCCCAAAAUCUAAUACUGGCUUUGAAUUUAUGAAUGGUAUCUUGUCAUUAUGGGCCACAUCAUGUGAUUGGUGGAAAUACACUCCAAAAGUUGAGAAUUUGACUAUUCUGGGUGCUCAACCCAACACACAAUCGCAUUGGCAGUAUGAAUUCCCUUCUUUGAAGACCUUGAGAAUAGAGCCAGAAUGGGGUUAUUUAUCUGCGUUCCACUCUUCCUUGCCUCAUGCUCCAAAAUUAGAAUGUCUUGAGCUCGUGGGAAUGUCAAACCUUGACUUCUUGUCAACUCUAAACACCUUUACCCACCUGAAGAAGAUCAGUAUCCUACAAGUUAAAGGUUCAAUGAGCCUAAACAGACUGCCCAAUAUAAAUUUGGAAGAUUUAUAUCUUCCUUCACUCAAAACAUUGAUUUGUCACCCUGCAUAUCCACAGAGUGUCAGUAUUGUUGGUUGUGAAUUUCCUCUACUGCUGACGAUCCAGUUUCAAGGAAUUGCAACUGUCACCAACUAUCAGCCACCUCUUUCUCGAUUCAAGAUGGAGGCCCCAAUGUUGAAGAAGCUAACUAUCCAGGGUCUUGAGCUAGGCCAAACUUUCCAAAUAACAAAAUUCCCUAAUUUAAGUGAGCUAGUGAUAACCGGAAACCAAGGUAUAAGAAAUGUGAUCAUAAAGAAUUGUCCAUUGCUGGAACAUUUAAGCGUGUCUCCCUAUGUUUUCAGUUGUUACAACACAGACAACAAGAUCACCCUUUAUCAUGAUUAUGAUUCUGUCUCACAAUUCAUCUAUUUCAAUAGGAGCGUUACAUUUAUAAAACAAUGACCCACAGGUUCUCUCAAUAUUCUAUACCUACAUUUUUGGACAACCUCUUUCAACAUGAAAUCGAUUUACAUGGAAUAAAGAACAGGGAAUUACAAAUUGUACUU